CUGGUCAGGGCGCUGUACGACGGGGAUCACUGCUGGACAGGCAUCGGGCCGCAGUCCUUCCACGUGUGCCUCGCGCUGACGGGUGUGGCCCAGGUUUGCCUUCGCUCGGGCACUCUGUGGGCCCCGGCCACGGCCUCGUUUGUGGAUGGGCUGGCCAGCGUUCUGGCAUUGCCCUCGCGCUCGAAGGCCAGACGGCCCCAGCGCGACGCGCAACUUCUGGGCCCUGGCUGGGACGCCGAGCUCGGCGUCUGCGCCGACGACAUGGGGAUCGCACUGUGGGAGAUCUGCCUCCUUACCCCUAUCGGGCCUCACGUUCACGCCAUGGGGCGCCUAGCAUGUUUGCACCUGCAGCCGCGGAAGUGCGUCUUCGUGCCGCUGUGGGUGGCUGCCGCUGACCUCUCAGCCGCCCUCAUGGACGCCCGCGCGGUGCGGUGCGUCGGGUUCGUGCCGGGCUCAGGGUCGGCCUGUGGGGACUCAUGGCGUGCCGCCACGAAGUACAAGCAGCGCGCGUCCGUGCUGAAGUUCGUGCCAGUGUCGACUGCAGAGCUGAUCACCUUGUGCAACGGCUCCGUGAUAGCUGUUCUCGCCUGCCUGGCCCAGCUCCCGCCUCUGCCGGCAGACCUCCUCAAAUGCGAGCCGCACACUAUGCACAGGAUACUGAAGGCGCCUCCCAAAAGCUUCGCCUCGGGCGACCUGCUGAACAUGGGGGAGUGGGCACCCGGGCCUGCGCUGAAGGCGCUGCCUGCCGCUUGGGCCGCCGCGUGGAUGACGGCCGAGGUCGCACUCAGAGGGGGGCGCGACUUUGCAGUAGAAUGGCAUGGGCGCGCCUUCGAUGUGCUCCCAGCCCGCACCGUGCGGGAAGGGCGCUGGGCCGCCCUUGUCUGGACCCAGCGGCAGUCGAUGGCACAGUACAUGCUCUCUGUUACCCGGGGUGCGAUGAAAGAC